AGCACUGAGGCCCAAGGCAGGUUGGAUUUUGCGACUGCCCGGUCCGUGCGCUGGCGGCGAGCGCAGAGAUGUCGGAGAAGAAGAAGCACGUGCUCGCUCUUUUUGACGUCGAUGGUACGCUGACGAUCCCUCGUGGUGAAGCCACAGAAGAGAUUCUUGAGUUCCUGGCAACCCUCAAGGGCAAGAUCACAACGGGUGUUGUCGGUGGCUCGGACAUGCCGAAGCAGAAGGAGCAGUUGGGGCCAAAGACCUUGGAGCUCUUCGAUUACAACUUCUCGGAAAAUGGUCUCGUUGCCUACAAAGCUGGGGAGCCUCUUGCACAGACGUCCAUCGCCGACCACUAUGGCGAAGAAAAGAUCCAGAAGCUAGUGAAUUGGGUUUUGCGCUACCUCAGUGACAUCACCCUCCCGCUCAAGCGUGGCACAUUCCUGGAGUACCGGACAGGUAUGAUUAACAUUUCUCCGAUUGGGCGUAAUUGUUCGCGUGAGGAGCGUAACGACUUCGAAAAGUAUGACAACGAACACAACAUCCGCGCCAACAUGAUAGAGGCCAUGAAGAAAGAGUUUGCAGAUUACAAGCUCACGUACUCAAUCGGCGGGCAAAUUUCCUUCGACGUCUUCCCGGAAGGCUGGGACAAGACAUAUUGUCUGCGACACCUACCAGAAUCGGAGUUCACUGAGGUGCACUUUUUUGGAGACAAGACGUCUCCGGGUGGCAACGACUAUGAGAUCUUUUCGCACCCGCGCACGGUUGGUCAUUCCGUAACUUCGCCAGAGGUGACAAUGCAGUUGUGCAAGGAGCUCUUUUUCUAGUUAGGUGAUGGGGUGAUGAGGUGGAACAGCAAGAGGAGGAGGAGGAGGACCAGGACGAGCAUGUGGAGUUCUGUAGGCUUCGAGUGAGGGACCGCUUUGCGGUGCAUUUUCCACCUCGCAGCGCGCGGCUGACGCCUCGCAAGGGGUCCCGCAAGCAGGUUCGCGCGCUGUCACUCAUUGGACGCAGGAGGUAAAGACCAUCUCUUGCAGACUGGCAUUCCCC